AGCCCGGCCCACGGCCCACGCAAACAUGCCCUCCUCCUACUCCUUCCCCCAACUCUCGCUCGGUCGCUCCCCUUUCCCCGCCGGCGGCGGCGCCAGGGGCGGCGGAGGCGGAGGAGGAAGAUCCUGCGGGGGAUGGAGCGGCGUGCGCCCUUGGGGCUCCAGCUAGCAGCAGCCGGUUCUACGUAUGGAGGAGGGAUAUUCUUCCUUGAUAUUGUAUUUCCGAUUGAUUAUUCGUUUAAACAUCCCAUGGUAACUUUCAAGACAAGGAUUUACUACUGCAAUGUUGACUCCACUGGUAACUUGAGUAUGGGCAUUUUAAGGGAAGGCUGGAGUCCUGCUUUUACUAUUUCAAAGGUGCUACUUGCCACUAAAGCAAUCAUCGCAAACCCGGAUCCAUGUAUGUUCCAAGUUUCAGCAUAUUAUCAGGAUAGGAUUAAAGGCUACUAGGACAGGCACUGAUCUUCCAAAUGACCAAACCAGACUUUACCUCUGAAAAGGACAUUUUACCAGAUCACCUAUUCCCAGUAUGUACUAUGCAUCUACUGAUCACAUCAGGCAACCUAUAACAACUCCACCCCUGAGAAGAAGCAAGUUGCUCAUUCCGGUGAUCUUUCUCCCCAAACCACUGACAAUGGCCACAGAGUGUGGUGUGAACAAAUCCCGCCGCUUCGAUCCUGGCAUGUCGAGGCGAACACGAAGAUCAACAAGUCUCAUCGUUUGUUAUCAAGAUCAACAUGCGCCGUCCCUGGUGCAGCAGCUACGUCAAGAUGACAAGCUGAAGACAUUGUUCCAGCGCCAAGGUAUGGAGCUUCAGCCACCAUAUCCAUAUGAAGAUCAGGAGCUGCAAAGCGAAGGUGAUGAACAGGAGACACCGAAUCGAUACCAUGAUGAGCAGGAGGAGAAACCUCACCAUUAUCUAGAUGAAGAGCAGGAGAAGAAACCAUUCCAGGAUCAAGACGGAGAGAGGAAAACACCAAAGCAAUAUCUUGAUGAGGAUCAGAAGACAGUGCAGCAAUGCCAAUAUGAGGACAAGAAGGUGCCAAAUCAAUGCAAAGAUGAGGAGAAUACUCCAGGGCAAUACCAAGAUGAGGAGCAGAAAAUAGCUAAACAAUGCAAAGAAGAAGAAGAAGAAGAAGAAGAGAAUGCAUUAGAGAAGUAUCAAGAUGAAGAGCACAAGUCACUCAAGGCACAACACCAAUGCCAAGACACGGAGCGGAAGGCCCCGGGGCAAUGCAAAACUGCGAAGACGAAGCUGAUCACGCCGCCUUGUGCCAACGAUGUGCCCCGGUUCUCCCUUCAGGAUCUGAUACAAGAGAAGCAGCUCCUCAUCGGAGAAGCCAAGGCCACCAGCAAGCUCGGAAACGGCAAGAAAGCCAUUGCUGAUCGUAAACUCCCUCCACCUCCGGCUGCCUCCAGCGCGACGUUGGCUAUGGUGAUAAAGCGACCUGAUGGGGGAAAGAAGUCGAUGGGAGUGAUCCGCCGGUGCGUGCAGGCCCUGAACCAGAUGGUCAAGGCCAAACAUGGCUCCAAGAAGAACAAGCCUCCUUUCUAAUCAAGUGAGUACAUGCAUCUGGUCCAGAGUUCCCUGGUAGAAUCAGCACGUCUCAGAAUAAUGCACUGUUACUGUGCAAAUACAUAGUUUUUUGGGGAUAGUUCUUCAAGUUGUGCAGAAUCUGCCAAGGAACUCUAGAGCAAGGCCAACCAUCUUUUCAACUUUAGUAGUAAGGUGUCAUGAUCUAUGUGUCAUUAUGGCAUUUGGUCAGCAAUAUUUGUAAUUACUCAAUGAUGUAUCAGAUGAGAAGCAUCAGAGUCUAGCUAGUUCACGCGCUCUGAAUGCAUCUUUGUGCAAAGUUAUACUGUAUAUUACAGGAAGUAUGAACAGGAGGGAAUUGCACAGUUCUACACCGACACUUUCUCUGAGUAUCAGGUCAGAGAUGGUGUUGGUGCACGCUCCCUUUCUAUAUUUCUGAUAGUCACCUCCCCUUUUCA